AGUGGUUCAGUCACGAUGUCGAUUCUCAAGUGUAAUGUUGUGUUCCUAAGUUUGAUGGCGGCUGUGACAUGUGGCGCUGUUAAUUAUAAUAGUGCGUCGAUCAGGGAAGUGGCCGACGACGUGAUGGUGCACGGAGGGCCGUUUUGGGAUUCCGAGAACAACGUCUUGUAUUUUGUAGACAUUUCUCAACAACGUGUUUACAGAUUUUUCCAAAACCAUUUGGAAUAUGUUCAAUUAGAUAGUAACGUGGGUUUUGUCAUCCCAGUUCGCGGACAACAAGGCCUGUUUGUCAUUGGUUUGGGUACAACUUUGGCCAGUCUCCGAUGGAAUAUUAACGAAAAAACUAAUAAAGUCAUUAAGCUGACCACCGUUGAUAAUAAUAAACCAGGUAACCGAUGGAACGAUGCAAAAGCAGACAACAACGGGUACUUGUGGGCAGGCACCAUGGGAUUCGAAGACGCCGCAGGAAAUAUCCCACCGGGACGUGGAACUUUGUACAAGCUAAACGACACCAGUUGUUUUGAGAGCUUAGAACCCGUCUUACCGGGCGUUUCUGUUUCCAACGGGCUGGCGUGGAACGGCGACAGUACAAGGAUGUAUUACAUAGAUUCGCCGACCAAGCAAAUUGCGGUUUUUGACUACAACCCUGUUACGGCUGCUAUUUCGAACCGGAAAACGUUCUACGAUUUCAAGACGGACAACAUACCAGGCGUCCCUGACGGUAUGACGAUCGACGCCAACGGUGAUCUUUGGAUCGCUAACUACAAUGGCGCUCAGGUACUGCAUGUGAGUGGUAAAAGCGGGAAGUUGUUGGGCAAGUUAAAGAUUCCGGCCGAAAAGGUUUCAUCUGUCACGUUUGGUGGACCAAAAUUGGAUAAACUAUACGUAACGACAAUUAGUCGUGGAGUGACACCAGAAAAAUUCCAUGAGUAUCCGAUGACGGGAAAGGUAUUAGAAGUGUCUGGCCUCGGAGUCAAAGGUACAAAGAAUAGUCGAAUACACGAAAAAUGUUUUCGACCGUCGUAAAUAUUUAGUUUCGUGAGCAAAAAGUAAUUCACGUUUUAUUAAACAUGACCUCGUCGUACAAAAAAAAAAAAAUCAUAACUGUAACGUCGUUUAAUACAUAUUUUAUAUCUAAUUGUAUUUUAAUUAUUUUCUUUAUGAUUUUGUUCGUGACUGUUAUGGCGACCACGACUAAAGAUUAAUUUUCCAAUGUAUGUUUACACUGUACCCACCACCUUAAUGUAUUUGUACAAUGUUAUACACUUAUAUAUAUAAAUAAAAGCAUAUUGUUUAUUAUAUUUUAAA